GUUGGACAAUAAUUGCCCUCUUUAUUUCUACUUCCAAGUCCCACGUUCAUCUCUCUUGUGGACUAUCAUCCUUCCUCCCGGUGACUGUUCUCCUUCUUUCUCCCACCCUCCCAGUGAACUGUUCUCCACGUUUGUCUCCUCUUCCCCCAAAUUCUCUUCAAAGUCUCAUCAAAAGAGUGCUUGGCGAAAUCGUUCCAAACACCACUACACCAGUAUACCAUAAUUCCCCCCUCCAAAGUCCAAACACUGGAACCGAAUCCAGUAGCCCGAGGUAUGGCAACCUCUGGAACUGAAUCCGAUCCUCAUGAAAGCAAACGCCGCAAAACACUCCAAACACCGCUUCCACCAUUCGGCGCCGGCAAGGGCAAGUCCAAGAUCGAAAAUUUGGAGUCGGAAGACGGCGAUGAAUCUGAGCUGUGCUGCGGGAUAUGCCUGCUGGAAGCCGGAACUGGUCGGCCCAUUAUUCAAGGAUGUAUCGACAGCUGCGAGCACUUCUUCUGCUUCUUGUGCAUCAUGGAGUGGUCCAAGGUUGAAUCCAGAUGUCCGAUGUGCAAGCGCCGAUUCUCCACCAUCCGUCGCCCUGCCGAUCCCCCUCUCUUCCUUUCAGAACGCCUAGUUUCCGUUCCUUGUCGCGACCAGGUAUACCAUCAUUUUGGAAACGUGACAACCGGGCCAUCCGACCCAUACGCAGAUGCCCAAUGCAAUGUCUGUCAUAAAUCUGACAAUGAAUGUCUUCUUUUACUAUGUGAUUUAUGUGAUUCUGCAUCUCAUACUUACUGUGUCGGCCUUGGCUCGAAUGUCCCGGAUGGUGAUUGGUUUUGCUCAGAUUGUACUAUUCUUAGGACUGAACACGCAAAAACUGACACUAGGGAUGAUUCUGGCACUCAACUUAAACAACCUGACACAUCAUGUCAUCAAAUAUCUCCUAUGGGUGAAUGCGUGUCUAUCUUUGAUAUUGUCCGAGAACCAAACACUAGAUAUGUUGAAGGUUUGUCCUUGGUUAAAUCAGAUCCAAAUAGGUCAUCACCUCAAACUGUUACUACAGAAAGAGAUGAUGAGUUGGCUUCUUCAAGAAGUAAUAAGCUUUCUGCUAAAACCUUGUGGAGGUGCCGUAACGUGCAUGACCGUAUACGCACCUUACGUGAAAAUUGGGAUGGGUUACAAAGUGGGUCCAUGUGUUUCCCAUCCAGCAAGAACCAUGACUGUGGGUCCAAUGGACCACAACGCUCAGAUGAGAUAGAUAAGGCCUGGAAGAUGAUGGGUAUUGCCAAGUCAAUGAUGAACAAGCAUGAUGAGACCAAGACACUUACCCAAGCCUCGAAACACGCUCAUAAGAAUAUAGUUACCCAUAUAGAAGCAAAAGUCGAGCAUGUGGAGAAGAUAAGUACAUUUAGCAUAUCAUCAUCCCGCUCACAUUCUUUGAUGAGGCCAGCACAAAGUGUCCCGAGUAUUCCUUCUGAAGAGAAACUCUGUCUUUAUUCCUCAAGAAACAACAACGCUGGAACACUGAAAGAAGAAGUUGGGAUAGAAAAAGUUGAUGAGAGGAGAAAAGCUAGAGAUAGAUAUGAAGCCAAGAAAGAGGUUCAAUGUCUGGUCAAGCUCAAUUUGAAACUCCUAUCCAGGGAUAAAAAACUAGAAGCAGAUAAGUUUAAAGAGAUUGCCAGGCUUUCCACUCACUCCAUCCUAGAAGCUUGCGGCUUGGAGGCUCGAUGCCCUGGAAUUCCUUCAUUCCCAAACUCUAAUGUGUGCAUCCAUGUCGAAGACGGCCGUGAAAUAAGAAGAUCCACUUUGAUGCCCAAAUCUUGCCGCGAAUGUUUCUAUUUAUUUGUAAAAGACGUUGUCAACACCAUACUGUCAGAGAGAAAAGGGUAGGGCUAAAAAAAUCUUUUGUAGGAUUACAUGUGUAUGUAUAGAUGUAUGCAUGUGCGUCUAUAUUAAAAAUGUUACAGUCCAUGUAUAUGCCAUGCCAAUCGUUCUAGAAUCUAGAGUAGGUUUUGUUCAGGUAGCUGAAAUGGUUUGGAUGUUUGAACAUUGUCGUCUACAACUAGUGGUAUACUGGUAUAUUUGUGCCUUGAAUCUGAUUUCCAACUUUCUCAGCAAAGUAAAACAACAUUUUUUAUUAUGAAGGAAAAAUUCACAUGAAUAA